AUGCCUGAGGUUCGGCGCGGCAGCUCGAGAGGGCACUCCGACUCGGCCCUCUCGAGCAGCACCGCCUCAAGACCGGGUGCCAUCACGCCCGCCAUCACCGUCAGCAGCACCUACGAGAAUGACAUCCACAACAAAGACGGCGCUGCUGCCAAUGGAGUCGCAUCGCGGGCCGCCAGCGAUGGCCAGCUGCCCACGCAAGCCUCCAUCUCGGCCCCGGGCGUCGUGGAUGCGCCUUCUCAUCAACGCCGUCCACACCCGCCCACCGGCAACCCGGAAUCCCGCCGCAGCCUGUCGUAUGCGCUGCGCCCGCAGGCCGAGGCCUACUACGACUCCCGCGCCGCCACCCGCACCGAGUGGAGGCGCCGGGCAAAGACGCUCGACGAGUACUACGACGACAACCGCCAUCUGCUGCCCCAGCUGCCCUUUACCUGGCACCACGGUCGGCGGCGCUGGCGCCUCUUCUUCUUCGCCUUCUUCGUCUUCGUCGACGCCUCGGCCGUGCCUAUUGCCCUCUACUACGGCAUGCACUACGCCGGCGAUGUCGAAAACUGGAUCAUCUUUGCCGUCGUCACCACCAUCUGGGGCGGGCCCACCUACCUCGAGUUCGCCGUCCGCACCUUGCGCCUCAUAAAACGCGAGCGCUUCUUCCGGCCCCUCGGCACCGAGAGUCGCUGGUGCUUCGACAUGCUCAACUGGACCUCGAUCCUCACAAUCACCGCCGUUACCGCCCUCUUCAUCGUCGGCAGCGCCCCGCACAUUGUCUGGCUCAGGGUCCUGUGCAUGCCCGCACCCGCCAUCCUCUACUGCCUCGGCGGCGUGCUGUUCUUGGUGACGCUCUUCCACCAGAUGGCAUGGCCGGCCCCGUUUCGCAUCAGCUCCACGGCCAAGGGCGAAAAGGUCCUACCGGGCGCCUACUACUUUGUCGAGGACGUCGUCGCCGUUAACGCUGGCGCGGGCCGCCCCUAUCGCGAAGCCCUCGCCGCGAGGUACAAGGCCAGCCCCCGCUUCCGGCGGAUGCUGUACGUGCAGAGCCUCUUCUGGUCGAUCCCGGCGCUCCUGCUUGCCGCGGCGCUCACGGUCGUGGCCGUGAUACCGCCCGUGCCGGCGACGGGCGCGUACGGCGUGUGCUGGGCGGUGCCGUUCCUGUGGACGGGCCUUUGGGGCGGCAUCACCGUGUGGUGGUGCAAGAAGGAGAUGGUGCGGGAGAGGCUCGAGUGGGAAGCCGACAGCGGCGUGGUGAGCAAGGGCGGCGCGCACAGGCCCGAGGCGGGACAGGCGGAGACGGCGGCGCCGGUCCCGUCGUCAUGA